CAGUCAGAGUAGCGCCGCCUCCAGAGCAAGAGCACCGCUCAGACGCGAAAAGUUCAGACAGACAGUCGACGUUUAAAGUCGAAUUGCAAGUGAAGGAAUGGAGCCCAAGAAAGCGGUUUUGAUGGACCUCUGGGGGGUGGUGGUCCGACCCGGACUGAGGGCCAUGUUCCAACAGUUUGAAGAGCUGCACCGACUGCCAGGCGGUUUCGUGUGGAAUGCCGCGCGUAAAACGGACGGCGUCCUGACACGCGCGCAGAGAGGGGAGAUCUCUCUCUCUCAGAUGAUCGUAGAGUUGGAUUCUGAGCUGGUGACAGACGCCGAGACCCAAGGCGUGACGCUGCCCUCUGAUGGGUCAGUCAGAGAGCUGCUGAUUGGCCUUGGGGAGGUGGAGGCGGACCAGACCGUCCUACAGACAGUGCUCAGUCUGCAUCGCCACGGGAUACGGACGGCCGUGCUGGCCAAUCACUGGGUGGAUGACUCGGCCAGUGGCCCCGGCUGGGCCCGCCUCCUCUCUGUUCUCCACACCCACUUUGACCGGGUCCUGCUGUCCUACCGAGAGAGCUGCAGGGUCCCGGAGCCCGCCCUGUUCACAGCCGCCCUGAAGGGACUGGGGGUCACACCACAACAGACCCUCUACCUGUGUGAGGAGGGGGAGUCAGUGGUCUCUGCGGAGGCGGAGGGUCUGACAGUGGUCCGCGUGGACCAGCUGACCGCCGCUCUGAACCAGCUGGCCUCCCUCACCAGCCUCCCGGCGUCCACCGGGGACGAACCUCCGAUGUCCUGCCGUCCCGACAACGUAUCCCACGGCUAUGUCAGCAUCAAGCCAGGGGUGAGGACUCACUAUGUCACCAUGGGCAACGGACCGCCCGUACUGCUCUGUCACGGGUUCCCCGAGAGCUGGUACUCCUGGAGGUAUCAGAUUCCAGCGCUGGCAGCAGCAGGUUUCAGUGUGUUCGCUCUGGACAUGAAAGGAUAUGGAGAGUCAACCGCACCCGAAGACAUUGAGGAAUACUCCCAGGAACAACUUUGUAAGGACCUUAUAUCCUUCAUGGACAUACUGGCCAUCCCUCAGGUGACCCUGAUUGGUCACGACUGGGGCGGGGCCCUGGUCUGGAGCAUGGCCAAGUACUUCCCCGAGAGGGUCCGGGCGGUGGCCUCUCUUAACACCCCCCUGUUCCCCGUGGACCCCACCUCGGACCCCCUGAUGAAAGUCAAAGCCGUCCCGAUCUUCGACUAUCAGAUCUACUUCCAAGAGCCGGGGGUUGCGGAGGCCGAACUAGAAACGGACCUGGAGAGGACGUUCAAUAUCUUUUUCCUCGACAGCAGGCCUGACAUUCCACAGAUCAGUACAGCAGGAGUCUGUGCCAGAGGCGGUCUGUUUGUGGGGUUACCGGAAGAGAUUCCAAGGAGUAACUUGGUCACGGAGUCUGACCUUCAGUUCUACGUAGAGCAGUUCAAGGACUCAGGAUUCAGGAGGCCUUUGAACUGGUACCGUAACAUUGAGAGGAACUGGAGGUGGAUGUGUUCCCGUCCCCGGGGAAAGCUCAUGAUGCCAGCCCUGAUGGUGACUGCUGGGAAAGACUUUGUCCUGCUGCCCAUCCUUACCAAGGGAAUGGAGGAACAGAUCCCCAACCUGACCAGAAAUCACAUCGAGAACUGCGGACAUUGGACUCAAAUGGAGAAGCCGGCUGAGGUUAACCGAAUCCUGAUCACCUGGCUCCAGGAGACCCACAGGAAACUCCCCGUUACCAUGGCGCCCAAACUGUGACGAGGGCCCUCGUACCCCUGGCGACAAAACCCUGACUUCAGCUUUCUCCUUAAUAAUAAUGUGUGGUUAUGUAGAUUAUUUCAGCCAAAUAUUAACCAACAUUUUCAUAACCACCAUUCUGCAUUAGUUACGACAUUUAUGUCUGCUUGUUAA